CAGUGUGCGGAGCAUGCGUUGUGUUCCCUAGCACGGGCAGUCGUUUGUGUGCUCGGUGGCAGUUCAGGGGGGAGAGAAACCCACAUGGGUCCACGAAAGAAAAGCUACAACUACGGGACCUUCAUCGCUUCCCCUGGGCAUGGGGCGGAGGAAGAUUAUGGCGGGAACACAGCCAGCUCGUACCAAAGGUUACUGUCAGCGCCCGCGCCGGCUUUUUCAGUUCACCACGACCAGGAAUAUCGCAUCGCCUUGCGAGAAGACGGGAUGUUUGGGCUGCGUUUAACGAAACACGGCGGGAAGGUAGUCAUUUCGGAGAUGGACGACGAUGUAGCACGGGCUCGUGGGUUGUGCGAGGGCGACGUAAUUACACAUAUGGAUGGCGAACCGCUUUUCGGUUCGUUGAAAGCCGCCGCUGAAUGCAUGGACCAAGCGGGAGAUUCGCUGUCGCUCCGAGUCCAGUCCGGCCACAGCAACUCGCAUACUGGGGAUGGUCCGAGGAAGGCCAAGUAUCAUGUCGUGCAACACGUCGUUCGCCAAGGGGACUCUGUCGAAGCCCUCGCUGAGCAGUACGGGGUCACGGCCGACGAAGUCCGCAUAUGGAACCGGAAGUAUUUUCCCGUGGGAGAGCCUGGAUGCCUGUGCCCGGGGCAGGUGUUGACCCUGCGCGACACUACGGCAGACCAGGCGAAGGACCGAAAUAGGGCAAGCCUGGAGUCAACCGCUCGCAGACGAAAAUCGGAAGGAGAUGGUGCGAGGAAGCGGAUGCUGUACCAAGUGCGCGAGGGGGACUCGCUCAAGUCGAUAUGUGCGCGGUUGAAGCUGAAGGAGGCGGAGGUGCGUGGGCUGAACCGUGGCGUGUUCCCUGUGGGAGAGGCGGGGGUGGUACUUCCUGGUCAAACGUUGACAGUCUUCGCGGAAGAUUGUGACAUCCUUGUCACCGACCAAGGGGAUGAACGUGCGUUCAUCCAGGACUUCACUGGGCGCAAGACUAAGCGCUCUUCUUUGAGUCUUGGGAUCCGUGGAGCAGGAAUCAUGGGUUAAUGGGGCGAAAGAUGUAGCGUAGUUUAUUGCCAUCGUUUUCGGCACCAGCAAUAUCCUUUGCACGGUUGUGUAGAUCACGAAAACGUUCCAUGCGCUGAAAUAAACCAGAUGCUGUGUAACGUGGCACCAUACCCCAGGUACUGCAGACAAGCUGGUUCAGUGUGAACGCCAGAAAGACAUUCCGCACCACGUGCCGCACGUAAUACCUAGGGCAAGGGAGCAGGGUGACAUGCCUGUUUCUUUUCUCGAGGCCAUAGAUUGUAGUGGUGCAAGAGCGGAUGCUCAAUCAGUAGCUUUCAUAUUGAUGAUCAUUAAAUGCAUGAAUUUCCAUCGUCGUAUUUGGUCAACCUCGGCAUGUUCGAUGCUGUAGCGUCCCCCGUGUUCCAGGAAACACAACGCAACGGAGUGAUGCACGUUCUUAUUGCAGGGUAAAGUCUGCCGCGAUGGCAAAAGAAUGUGAUGUUGGCGUCAGAUUUCGAUUUGUUUUUUUUAUUGUAUAUUAUGUUGUACAUUGCAACAGUCAGUAUCUCAAAGAGCGCCGUGGUGUUUCUGACGUGGGCAUGGUCCAACCUCCCUCAAAAUUUGUAGGUCAGAAAAAAGUGUUGCAAAUGAAGCACGUUUUUUGGAAAGUUGUUAGCCUGGCUUUCCGUCUGUUCGUUCCACAGACCGAGACCAGCGCAUGUCGGUUUGAAGUCUUCGGUGCUGCGUUCAUCAAAGUAGUAUCCCAAAGUUUGUAUGGGCCACUCAAGCGAAUCAUAUACCCACACAUCGAACUUUCAUACUUGCUCAAAUAUUUGGGGGUCAGUGUGCCCGCGUUACCGGCUAAAGGGUUCAAUAGAAACGCCACACGUUCACGCGGUUACUCGUUAGGACCUUGGCCUUUGCUUCUUUUUACCCGGUGUCGGGGGUCCCGGGAGGCCCAUGUGUGGCCCCGAAAGAUCCUUGAAAGGUUUGAAUUUCCGCUAAGAAAACGUGUGAAAGUUUCACCGUGUAAAUCAAAAAAAGUGUGAACGCAUGCGCAGGAAGGUCUUGCUCAGAACAGAUUUGUUGGGUCACCCGAAACUGGCUUGAAGUUGGCGCCUGGGCCCCCGGUGUUACUACUACGAGCUCAAUCGUAGCCUCAACAAUUGAUUUAGAGUAGACACAUGUGUUCCGUAUUGACAGCAGCCGUUUCCAAAGUAGUGGGUUCGCCUCGGGUGUUCCAGGUGUUACAAGCAACGUUGUUUCCCAGUCUCCCCGAGUCGACUGUCGGCAUCGAGUGGAUAUUUUCAGGAGCCUGCCCUCAGAAUUUGGGUAAAACUGCUGUAGUUCGAGUUGCGGGGAUAAUCUUCACUAUUUCUUUCUGUUGCGCCCAACACGCGCCAGUGCUCGUUGACAGCUACGCUCAUGGAGGGCG